UGAGGGCCUUCGGUGGGUGAAAAGCAACAGGCUAUGCUGAAGAAGAUGCCUGCAAUGUUCUGCAGCACAAGUAUGGACCUCCUCAUGGCUCAGAACUUUCUGGAAACAGAUGGCAAUGGAUACGUGGUUGGAUAUGAUUGUGGAAGAAAACGAUUUUAAGAGAGUGAAAGUUCUAAGAUCAUGAGAUGAACCGAUGGGAGGACAUAGCAGAAGGCUUCAAGGCCAUUCCCAAGGUGUGAAAGAGCCCCAUUUCAUCACAAGAGGGGCAUGGCCAAACCUUUUUUCAAACCACAGAAGUUUCUUCGCAGGACUCAGUGUCUGCUUUUUUUCCUCACAGCAGCUUACCUGAUGGCUGGCAGUCUUUUGCUUCUGCAGCGCUCUCGCUUGGUGCUCCAACAAAGUUCUCAUGGGACUUCUGGAAAUCAGCCCCUGCCUGUAGCAGACUUCAUGCUCAGUGCUGGGAACACAGACAGCAGACAACGCCCUCAGUCUCAUUUAAGCCUCCUGGUAAACAUGGAACAGCUCCAUGGGCCAGCACCAGACCAUAAGUAUGGGCCACGGUGGUUGAUGUAUCGUAAUUCAGAACUGAGACAGUUACGAAGGAGGUGGUUUCUCAGGUUCAUCAAUGAACAGGAGCCAGCACAGGCUACAGAGGUGAAAGCAGGGAAGCCAGCAUCUGGAGGCAGAGGCACUUACAUUGGAUGCUUCAGUGACGAUUCCAGAGAGAGGACUUUGAAAGGUGCCGUGUUUUAUGACUUGAGGAAAAUGACAGUUUCUCACUGCCAGGAAGCUUGUGCUGAAAGGGCUUAUACUUAUGCUGGUUUGGAGUAUGGAGCAGAAUGCUACUGUGGAAACAAGUUACCCUUGACUGUAGCAAAACAGGAGGAGUGCAACAAUGAAUGUAAAGGAGAAAAAGGAAUCAUCUGUGGAGGAGUGAACAGGCUUUCUGUUUUCCGGGUGGAGGAGUCAUGGACAGGACCCAAGCGACGGCGAAAUAUUAUCUAUCGAGGAUGCUUUCGAGUGCCAGAGAAUUUAACAAACACCUUGCCAGCCACUUUGAUGCACUCCAAUUUGACAGUGGAGAUGUGCUCUGAAUUUUGCUCCAAGAAAGAAUUCCCCCUGGCUGUCCUCAGAGGGCCUAAUUGCCACUGUGGCUUCCUUACCAUUCAUUUCCCUCUGCACAACAGUUCAGACAGAUCCCUCUGCAGAAGGCUGCAGAAUGUGAGCAGCACAGCUGAAAUGCCAAGUGGGGAGAACUAUGGCCUUGUCUAUCAAACUCCAGUCCAAGAUACCCGAUGUACUGACCGGAAGUUUCUCCCUACAAAAUCCAAAGCAUUUGUUGCUCUGUCAAGCUUCCCGGGAGCCGGAAACACCUGGGCCCGUCACCUCAUAGAACACGCCACAGGAUUCUACACAGGGAGCUACUACUUUGAUGGGACCCUGUACAAUAAAGGUUUUAAAGGGGAAAAAGAUCACUGGAGAAGUAGAAGGACUAUUUGUGUCAAAACACAUGAGAGCGGCAGAAAGGAAAUUGAAAUGUUUGAUUCAGCCAUCUUGCUGAUACGGAAUCCCUACAAGUCGCUUGUGGCAGAAUUUAAUCGGAAAUGUGCCGGUCACCUUGGAUAUGCUACAGACCAGAACUGGAAAAGCAAAGAAUGGCCAGAUUUUGUAAACAGCUAUGCCUCCUGGUGGGCUUCUCAUGCCCUUGACUGGCUGAGGUACGGGAAGCAUCUCCUUGUCGUUCACUAUGAAGACUUGAAGCAGAACCUCUUGUCCCAGCUCCACAAAAUGGUGGCAUUUCUGAAUGUCAGUGUGGCUGAGGACCGACUGCUCUGUGUGGAAAACAACCGUGAUGGGAAUUUCAAGCGGUCCGGUGCCAGGCAGAAAAGAUUUGAACCGUUUACAAAAGAAAUGAAAGACUUGAUCAAUAAAUAUAUUGUUAUUGUGGACAAAGCUCUAAGGGACAGAAACUUCACUGGGCUGCCAAAAGAAUAUUUGCCCAGAUGAUGGCCCAUAGUAGGUGAGCUGCAUUUUCAAAAAAUCUUAACAAUAAAAAAGACUAGAGUUUUAUAGCAGUAAAAAAGGCAAGAUUUGUGUAUAGUCUGCUGAUGAAUGCAAAUUCUCAACACUUGGAUGUUCUUCAGGGGUACACUAAGUGCUUUGACCAGCAAGCAAUGAAGGCUGGAAAUUGGGUUCUAAACCAAGGCAAAAGCUAUUAGCAUCUGCCUGAGUGUUGUCUUCUUCUCUAUAAAUGGCUACAAAUGGUAACACUUUGGUGCGCUGCUAAUUCCAGGCAACAACAAAAAUGGCCUCUUGGUCUCAUCCUAACUGCAGACUAGCAAUCCUUUGUCAAGAGUAUCUAGAGAUUUUUCUAGCAAUUUGGCAAUUCAGAUGUGUACAUUUUACCUGUUUUUUGUUGUUGUUGUUUAAAACUCAGCCUGAUAAAUAGUUUUAACUAAUCAUUUAAAAUGGCAAAUGAAUGGUUUCUUUGCUUUUUUCCUUCACUAAAACAAUCUCCAUAAGUUCUAAACUAAUGUUUUAAAUUUGGGAUAUAUCAAGAAGGUUGUAAUUUGAGGAGUUGUGUUUGUCUUUUGACUUUAAUAUUACUGGCUCAGAGCAGGGGAGUUUCCCCUAGUUUUAGUUUGAUU